CUACACUUAUAGUAUUGCAUAACAUGCAUUGGUCUGAAUAUGGACCUACAUGGUCUGAAUAAGGAAACCCGGAAAAUCGGCUGAUUUAACUUGACAGCAAUUCUCCAGAACAACGUCGCGAUCACCCUACGGAAUAAUUGCACUUGCUCAACAACACAAGGUAUAGGUACAGUAAUAAGAGGCAUUCUUUAGCGUGUGGUGUAUAGGCGAAGUGGUAGGAAAACAAAAACACGAAUUUCUAAAGCUCAACUUCUUUGUAUAUUAAACCCGGCGUGCGUCUUCACUGCACGAACAAAACGUGAGUUUAUUGUACAGGUAUCCGGCGUAUUUAGUGUUGCAAGUAAACAGCUGCAGACGUCUCGAUGCGUGCCUGAUGAGAUGAAGGGAAACAAGGCUCUAUCUUCAUUAGCUGAUGAUGAUGGGUUGGACAGUUGUCAUCGGAAAUCCUUGGCCUGUAUUUUUUUUGUUCUGAGAUGAGUGUUGGCCCCACCAGCUCUUACAAGACCUAACGCAGUUUAUGACGAUCGGUUUUUUUUUAUAGCAAUCGUGCUCUCCGUAAAUCGUGCGUUCACUGGUGUUGUGUUUGUGCAGGAACUGUAGCCGUCUUCCAAAAUACCAUUUCAUAAUUGGUGUUUACAUGACAGUUCAUUGCUGUUUACUGAUAGUUAUUGGAUUCCACAUUUCAUGAUCUAUUAACGAACACGACUCAUAAACCGACGGUUAGGACCUAUUAAAAGUCGAGAUUAUCUACCAUAAAAUUUCAUACCGGUCAAGAGUCAACUUACCAAUGCCUUAAAGCCAGGUGGGUCGAACUGAAAUUCCUCUUCUACUCUCGGAUUCGUUGAGGGGCUGAUCUCCCAAGGAAGUUACUUAUCUCGUCGUCGGGCAAACUUUUCACCCAUCUCUAAUUCCGAAGAUGCGAUCCGUGGCGCCGUUUGUUUUAGUGGUCGCGAUGUUGGCCGCAGGGAUGCUCCUGGUAGAUGCGUACCCCAGUGGACCACCCCUCUCGGCUUGUAGGGACAUGAGACCCACUGGCCACGGUACCAGUACACUCACCGGGACCACGCCCUUCUCCAUCACAGCCAAUACUACCUUCUAUAACCCUGGAGAAAAUAUUGAAGUGACCAUAUCUGGCGCCCAGUUCAUUGGAUUCUUCGUUCAAGCAAGGCGGCGGGAUGCUGGGAGUGACAUGAACACUGCAGAAGGGACCAUUACACCGGGUAAUACCAACAUUGGAAAGACACUAGACUGCACUGGAGGUACAGACAAUGCCUGGUCGCACAAGACAAAUGCUCCGAAGACAAGCGAAUCGGCAAUUUGGACAGCGCCAUCUGAGGACAAAGGGACGAUAGCUUUCAGGGCAACUAUUGUACAAGGACCUAGUAGUGAUCGGUAUUGGACUGAUGUGUAUUCUGCUAAUCUACCCUUUGGGGCUCCAGCAAGUCCUACCAGUUCAGGGGGAGGUACGACUACCGAUAACGGGAACGGAUCGAAUGCUGUCUGUGGCUCAUCGGUCCUCCUUGUUCUAUCAUCAUGUGUACUCGCAGCAAUACAGCUAGUUGGAUCAUGAUCCUCCUUCAUUAUCGCACAACAUUAUGCACAAUAGAGGUGUAGACUUCGUGAAUGAACAUUAUGAUGCUGAUUUUAUGAGCUUUUAAUUUCUCGCCUAUAAUUACGCGCAUAUUAUUGUUUGCGUAAUUACCCCACCCUAAAAAAAGGAGGACGAAAUGGGGGAGGGACACUCCAGGUUGGUUGUGUGUGUGGAGCAACAUAGACGAUUUUAAAGUUUGAAAUUAAUUUCUAAAUUUUGUGAUUAAUUUUGAUUAAAAAAAAAUCAAUAUUUAAGUAAGAAGUAAUACCCUAUACUCUUUUUUUCUUGGUCGUGAAACUUUGGGGAUAAAGUGCCCCUGCAUCCUGCCAUCUGGUGUUUUCUCAAUAAUUUAUAAAAUGGUUUGGGAAAUAGCGGCUUAACUCGUCCUUAAUGCGCUCUGCGCAACUAUAAAAUAGGAGUCACAUGAUGGACUCAGUAGAACCUUAGGUCAUUAUCUUUAUUAUAUAUUUUAGAGGUUGAGAAUUGAUUAAUAGGCCCUCUAACAUGUGCUGGUUGUCAUGUUUACAGCCAGGGACUGCGCCAACAGAAAGGGGCAGGGGCGACCGCCGCCCUUAGUUGAUUUUUUAGUAGUGAAAAAGGGGAAAAGAGGGGGAAAUGAAAAAAAACAAUAAUAAAAGAAGAAGAAACAGUUUAAAAAAAAGUGUUACAAGAGAGGCCUGAGUGGGGUAACGAAUAUUAUACCCCUAUCAUUCGUUUGUAAAAAAAAAGUUGUAUUUAGGCUGUCUUGCUCCCGCCCCAUCAAAGUACCCUGGUGCCAUUUUAUAAUGUGUACUCGUAUCAUGAUGACGGGCAAUAACUUAUAUAGAUUUUAUAUGGCA